GAUAUGUCACUACCAUAGUUACUAUUCUUCAGUCACGAUCAAGAACUAUCAAGGAACUGGAAGUAAUAGUUUCUGUGUUAGGGAUAGUGAAAUUUAAUAAUAUACUCAAAUUAGCAAACGUUCGUUGCAUUACUGAAAAUGCUGCGCGCUAUAAUUCUGAUCGUCGCUUUUGUCACUGUUAAAGGUGAUGGGUGCGCACAACGUUCGUAUGGAGAUGGCAGUGUGUGCGUCUGUAAUGCGACAUAUUGUGACACAAUGGAGAUGCCACUACUUCAAAAAGAUCAGUAUCUUUCGUACAAAUCUGUUAAGGGUGGUAAAAUGAUGGAAUUUUCCAUAAACACUUUCUCUACCGAAACUGAAUCUAAUAAAGAGAACUGUAGUAGCGUAGUUCUCACAUUGGACAGUAAUAAAAAGUAUCAACAAACAUGUGGAUUCGGUGGAGCAAUGACUGAUGCUGCCGCAAUCAAUAUUAGAUCUCUCAGUAAUGCGACUCAACACCAAUUACUCGAGUCCUAUUUUGGUAAAACUGGUAUUGGAUAUACACUUGCUCGCAUCCCUAUCGCGGGUACAGAUUUCUCGACGAGAGGAUAUACAUAUGACGACGAAUCCGGCGAUGUUAAAUUAAGUCAGUUUAAGCUUGCACAAGAAGACGACUAUAAGAUCCAGUAUUUACAGCAUAUCAAAAGAAUUAUGCGUAAUUCAAGCGAACUAAGGAUAUUCACUACUGCGUGGUCUGCUCCACCCUGGAUGAAAAACACUAACAACAUAAAGUGGGGUUACUUAAAAAAGGAAUAUUAUCAAAUCUAUGCUGAUUACAUCUUGAAAUUCUUUGACGCGUACAAAGAGCGUGGUAUAGACAUAUGGGGUAUGACGCCCGGCAACGAGCCAAUUGAUGGAUUAAUCCGGUUUCCUUUUAAUUCUAUGGCCUGGCCACCCAAUGAUGUAGCGAACUUUACCGUAAACUAUUUAGCUCCAACUUUAUCUAACGCCGGAUACAAAGAUCUCGUCUAUAUAGCAAUGGAUGAUCAACGUUUCAUGUUACCAUUUUAUCCCGCUGCAAUGUUUGAAAAUGAGGAGGCUAAAAAGUUAUUCUCCGGUAUUGCGGUUCAUUGGUAUGUAGAUCGACUCUUUCCAGCUUCAUUAUUGACCAAGACGCAUGAUAUGUUUCCGGACCAAUUUCUACUGAUGUCGGAGGCAUGCACCGGUACUUUUGUGACUAAUCUUUUUGAACCAAAUGUAGUUUUGGGAUCGUGGGAGCGGGAACAAUAUAUAAAAGAUAUAAUAGAGAACUUACAUAAUUGGGUGUGUGGAUGGGUAGAUUGGAAUAUGGCACUCAAUGAGGAAGGUGGACAAUGGGUUGGAAAUUAUGUGGAUUCACCUAUUAUUGUAAAUUCAGAGAAAGAUGAAUUCUAUAAACAGCCUAUGUUCUAUGCGAUUUCUCAUUUCAGCAGAUUUGUGCCACGUGGCUCUUAUGUAAUCUCUUCUACAGAAGAGAAUUGUCUCUCUGAAAAGAUUCAUUCGAUAGCCUUCUUGACGCCCGAACAAAAAGUUACUGUCGUGAUUGCUAACACAAAUAAUAAAUCUAUUCCGCUGAUCAUCAAAGACAAGAACACAAUAGUAAAUACAAACCUAGCUCCAAAGUCUUUCCAUACAAUAUCAUAUCUGGCAUAGCAAUAAAUAUAAUCAGGGUUGGGAAAGUUACUUUGUAAAAGUACUAGUUACAGUUAUUUCAUU